UAUCAUCACAAAUAGUUAAUCUCGAGAAAGAGAGCGAGGAUACGGAGGGGGGCGUGUCAGCUGCAACUGGUCACAUGACCCGGAAAAUGUGGGGCUUAAUUCCUGUGCUGGAGUGCUCUCAGCUGCUGCGUCUUUGUCCUUCGCAGUGCAAACCUCUUGUCUGUCCUGUUACGAUCCCAGACCCCCGGGUGGACCGUCUGCAGCACGACAUGUCGGCAGACCAAGCUUUUGUGACACUGGCCACAAAUGACAGCUACGCCAAGGGAGCAAUGGUUCUUGGCCAAUCCUUAAGAAACCACAACACAACCAGGAAACUGGUUGCACUUGUAGGACCUCAUGUUGGAGAACAGAGCAGGGACAUACUACGCUCCAUUUUCGAUGAGGUGUGUGUGGUAGACAUCAUGGACUCGGGUGAUGCUGUUCAUCUGGCCAUGAUGAAACGUCCAGACCUGGGGGUAACCUUAACCAAACUGCACUGCUGGACUCUCACACAGUACAGCAAGUGUGUGUUCAUGGAUGCAGACACACUGGUGCUAUCAAACAUAGAUGAACUCUUUGAGAGGGAGGAGCUGUCCGCAGCGCCGGAUCCUGGGUGGCCAGACUGUUUCAACUCUGGAGUUUUUGUGUUCAGGCCAUCAAAUGAGACGCACGAGCAGCUGCUUGCCUUCUGUAGUGAAAAUGGCAGCUUCGACGGUGGAGACCAGGGGCUUCUCAACAGUUUCUUCAACACCUGGGCGACGGCAGAUAUUUCCAAACACCUUCCCUUCAUCUACAAUCUCAGCAGUAUUGCAAUCUACUCCUACCUGCCAGCCUUCAAACAGUAUGGCCAUGGCGCGAAGGUGGUGCACUUCCUGGGCAAAGUGAAGCCAUGGAACUACUCCUAUGACGCUCAGAAGGGCGAGGUCAAAGGUCACUCUGUGUCUCCUGACCCAAACCAGCUGCAUGCUGACUAUCUGGUUAUGUGGUGGCAGCUGUAUGCCAAGUCUGUGCUGCCUCUACUGCAGCAGGCCUACGGGGAUACUCCCUUCCACAGUGGCUGCAUAGAAGCAAGCAAGGAUGAGAGUCCGCUUCAUGAGGACGUCAAAGAGCAGCAGCCACCACCGGCCCCAGCUCCUCCUCGUCAGAAGUUUUCAUCAGAGGAGAGGAAGCAGCGCUGGGAAGCGGGUCAGAUUGACUACAUGGGCGAUGACUCCUUCGCCAACAUUGAACGAAAGCUUGACUCCUUCCUAAAGUAGCUGGCGUGUGGGGGUGCAAUGGACAGAGCAAGCACCAGUUUAAGCCCUGUGUAGGUGGGGAUUUAACCACCCCUCAGCCAAUCACAGGGGCUUGAUUAGGAGGUGACUGAAUUGAAUGCCUCUGUGCAACUUUCAGCUUCACUCUGCAUCCUGUCAGUGUCUAAAUGACAGUAUGUUUGACAGUGCCCAUGCACUCUGACCAUUCAUUUCUUCUCUUAAGGGAAAGUUUUUAAUAUUUUGGGAAAUAAGCUAAUUUGCUUUGUUUGGUGAAUUAGAUAUGAAAACUUAUACCCUUCAUAUGUCUGUAUGGUAAAUAUGAAGCUACUACCAGCAGCGAGCGAGCUUAGCAUAAAGACUAGAAACGGUUAGGCCCAUGUGUGCUCAGCAUGGCGAAUAUUACUGUCCUUUUGAUUAUAUGGGGUAUAUUAGUUAUUUUUCCUACACUAUUCAGUAGUUGGUUAGAGCUUCAAUCUGCUCAGAAUGAUUAAAUGUUCCCCCUGAGGUUACAGAUGUGGCUAGGAAAUGGCCAGCCCAGCCCUGUCAAAAGAUAACGGCACUUCUAUAACUCACUAAUUUUAAUGUCACAUCUUGUUUGAGUAAUCCAAACAGCAUUCUGUAUAACUCAGAUGUUUUAUAGGUGGUUAUGUACCAGACUGCUUUCUUGGCCAAGAAUGGUAAAUUGCUGGGAGUCUCCGCUGGUUGCCUGGUCCAAGCUAAGUGAAAGUCUGGCACAUAACACUUAUCAAACUCUUUUUUUUUUUUUUUGUACAGAUUAAACAAAUUGGUGAGCUUCAGCUUGGCUUUCAUCUAAAGUUGGUUUGUUGGCAGUAGCGUCAUACAGUGAAUGUGUAGCUUCUUCCCAAAAUGUUGUAACUAUUCCUUUAUGUUCUUGUGCAUCUGAUAGAAAAGCACCCACAGUCCUGAGUCUUCCUAACCUGUGAAGUGAGGCAUAUGGCUGAAGGCAAAUUAAUGUUUAAGAGUUGUUUCUGGAUUUUACCACAACUUGACCCCUGCAAUAAGUCUCUCUACUGUCCGGAACCAUUUUAUAGAGCAACUGGCUCGCUUCCUUCUUGCAGUCCUUGCUCUGUUUGGGCCAGUUAGGACAGUCUGACAAGCAUUCCCCUCAUCAGAGCAUCUAGGUAGUCAUCCAUGUCUAUGCUUCUGACACCAACUCCCUGUGACUUUAGCUUUGUAAUGUCUGGUACUGUAUUAGGGCUAGGCUUGUUGUGUUGUAUUUGCAUGGCACAGAGCUAAAACUUGGGUCAGUAAGUAUAACUACAAGUCCACCCACAUCCUGAAGUGAUAUUUUGUAUGCAUGUGUGGGGUCCCACCCCCCCCACUAGUGUGCUCCCCAGACAUCUGGCAUCUGUAUGUGUGCCCUGCAUGUUAUAGCGGUGUCUUUGUGCCAUCACUUAGGUUUCAUCACUUCCCGUCUGUAGUGUUGCGAGCUGCCUUAUUACUUGGUUUACAUAACUUCAGUUACUGUAACUGCUGCUGCUAAUGGCCUUACAAGUUGAACAUUUGAGGCUUCCCUGUUACAAAUUUCAAUUCAGCUCUGUGUAAAUUACCUGCAACUUAUAAAAACAAUAAACACUCUUUAUUCCACUUUGCUAUAAGAAGCUGUCAAGGUUAAGAGGCAAGUGGAACGUAAAGAUGUGGCAUUGGUUAAUCCAGAUCUGUCCUUCUCCCCACAUGUUAACUGUCCAGCCCUGUCACAGUGCUAAUAAAGAACUAGUUAUGAACCA